AUGGCCGAUCAUAUGAUGCAGGUUGAGCGUUUGUCAUCCACGACGGCUGCUCAGGUUUCGCAGCCCCUCACUGCGUCCGCCUCUGAGGCGGCCGAGCUCAAGACACAGAUUGUCGAAUUGUCGGCGACUAGUGCCGCUUUGCAGCUGCGCCGAGUUACCGACCCACCACCUCGAUGUUCCUUUAGCCGCGACCGUCGUCGCUUCCGCUCUCGCCCGAGGACCGCUAACCUAUGUUUGGCAAAUUUAUUUGGCGAUAAGGUGCGCCACUGUGUUCCACCCUGCUUCCUCAAGUCCCUGCAGGGAAACUUCUUGGCCGGAGAGUAAAUGUGAACGAGCUCUAUGGCAACUCUACCCGUCGCACAUUUUAUAUCUGUGAUAACACGAAUGGCAGACGUUUCUUGCUCGAUACUGGCGCUCAGUCGACCAGCCGACGUUGUCCCAAUUAUUGUCUUUCUACAGGCCAUAAACGCUUCUCCCACCGGGACUUUUUGAUCCUAGACCAUCUGCCUUGACAUUGGUCUCGGGCGAAUUUUCCCUUGGAUCUUUGUGAAGGCUGAUGUUGCUACUGCUAUCGUUGGUGCUGACUUUCUAGCGGCGUUAGACCUUCUGGUUGAUUACAGGCAGUUUCGGCUUUAUGGUCGCGCCACUGCCCUCUCCCUCAACGACUUUCACCCUUUCCCCGCCUCCAACCGUCUACCUGUCCUUCACCCAAACCUUGACUGUCAAUUCCGAAAAAUUUUUGCAAAACAGCCUACUUUCAUUAAGCUCCACGUUUCUGAAUCCUCAAUGCCCCAGGAUAUUGUUCAUCCUAUAAAAAGACUGGUCCUCCUGCUUCCUUUUGUCCUCGCCGCCUUGCACCACCACGUCUUGCGGCUGCAAAGGCUGAAUUUGACCACGUGUUGCAAUUAGGGAUUGAUCAACAGUCUGACAGUCUCUGGGCAUCUCCUGUGCACAUGGUUCCUCAACCACAAACGGAUGAUUGGCGUCCUUGCGGACAUUAAAGAUCUCUGAACAGUAUCACUAUGUCCGGUUGGUAUCCGGUUCCCAAUCUUCAGAACUUUGCUGGAGCCCUCUUUAGCAAAACCGCUUUCUCUGCGAUUGAUUUGGUCCGGGCUAUUAUGAAAUUCCGAUUGCGGCGAAAUAAACUCCCAAAACGGCAGUGGCGAUCUUUUUGGCUUGUUUGAAUUUAUGCCAUUUGGCCUCCCAAAUGCCUCACAGACUUUCCAACGUUUCAUUGACAGUGUUUUACAUAGCCUUCACUUGUUUGUGCUUAUGUUGACGAUGUUUAAGUCGCCAGCUGGGGUGCUAGUUAACAUCUUAAACACCUUACCCUACUUUUAGAUCGAUUUUAACAGUUUGGCGUCACCUUGCAUCAUCCUGCUAAAUAUGUCUUGAGAGUCACAUCUCUUGAGUUCUUAGGACAUCAGAUCGACCCAAAAGGCAUUCGGUCUUCUCACUCAAAAGUUGCCGACAGUCGGGACUUUCCACCCCCUACCUCGAAGCGUCAGCUGCAACGGUUUCUCGGUAUGGCGAACUUUUAUCGCCGGUUUCUCCCGAACAGUGCCAACAUCAUCCUCCUACUGACCAGUCUCCUCGCAGGUUCUAAACGCACAUUUGAGCUAACACCAGCAGCACUCACGUUAUCAAAGCAGGUUAAAACCCUUCUAGCUGAUGUCACCCUCCUGACUCACUGUUAUGCUGGUGUACCCAUAUCUCUGAUGGUCGAUGCUUCCAAUGUUGCUGUUGGCGCGGUUCUCCAAAAACGUCUGCCAGAUUCUACCUGGCUUGCUUCUCCAGGAAAUUAUUCAGAACCAAAACCCGCUACGGCACAUUUGGACGUAAACGUCUUGCCGUGAGGCACUUUCGGCAUUUACUUGAAGGUGGAGAUUUCACAAUUUUCACAAACCAUAAGCCAUUCAUUUUCGUUUUGCAUUUCCACUCUGACAAGCUAAACACCCCGGGUGAUUCGCUACCUGGACUACAUUUGUAAGUUCACUUCAGACGUCCGUCGUACUGACAGUUCACGGAAUGAGGUGGCUGACGCACUGUCCAGGCCAUUUAUCACUCACCUCCUGCUUUCACUCGGGAUUGACCUUGAUGAGAUGGCCGCUGAACAACGCCUUGCCGGUUCACCCUGUGAUGAGGAUGUUUCCAGACUCUAACCUUAGGAGCUACCACUGAAAACUGAUAACGGCACCAUUAUGUGCAACGUAUCCAUCCCGACCUAUCGUCCGUUUGUGCCACCAUCCCUUUGUCGCAGAGUUUUCUUCUCCCUACAUAAUUUAUCUCACCCUGGGCUGUACUCGCAUCCGGACGGCGGCCCAUCACCCGGCUGCCAGAAGGAUGGCUGAGCGGUUUCACUUCCUCACGCGCCGCGGAUGAUCCGGAGAAUUGGACAGACCAUCUUCCACUGGUCCCAUUGGGCAUCCGCUCCGCUCCCAAGUCGCACCUUGACUAUUUCGCGGCUGAACUAGUCUUUGGCGCCACGGUUUGAUUUCCUGGUGAGAUGGUCUCGCCAAAUCCUUUUGGUGCCUUCGAGGAUCCCAGCAACCUUCUGCACUGCCUCCAACAGUUUCUGCGGACAUGUUUUCCGGUUUCACCCAGAUCCUCGGCCUCUUUGUCUUUUCUCGAGAAGUACUUGGCAAUGCUGUCUCACGUCUACCUUCGAUGUGAUCAGUUCCCCCAGCCUCUGGAACCGCCCUAUGACGGCACAUUCCAGGUCCUCUCUCAAGGGACGAAGACAUUCCGCAUUCAACGCGUCAGACGUGAGGCGGUCGUGAGUGCGGACUGCUUCAGAGCAUCUGUUCCGGUCUUUCCGUCGGACGCGCCCUAUGAUCCCCACCUCCUCCAAUGUCCCAUACUUUCCCUCUUCCCCCUUUUGGCUACCUCCAACUGCCACCAACAACUCUAA